AUGGAUGUGAUUAAUCCUAUUUUAGAUGAUGUGGAAUAUGUUGGUUUUAUUUUUGAUGAUUAUGGAACAAAUGGUAAAAAUUUUGUUUAUGUGGAUCAUGUUGGGUCUGGAAUAGAGGGGUGGUUUGAUGAUGAAGAGAAUCCAAAGGAUGAACACGAGUCUUGUAUUGAUGGUGUGGACAAUGACGAUCUUAUGGAUGUUGAAGUGGAAUUCAAUAAGGAUGUAGUGAUUAUGAACAAGACAUAUAAAGAUACUUUCUUGAGUAAAUUGUGUGUUGAUGUGGAUAAGGAAGAGGACAACAACAUUGUAAAUGAUGAUAAUGGGAGAGAAAUUAAACCUACCAUGUAG